CGGGGGGCCCACUCUCACCAAGGUGUUCAUAUCCACCGUCCGAUCUGACGGGCGUCUCAGAUCACUUGAACUUUGAUUAGUUUAAAACAACACCAGAAGCAGAAUGGGCGAAGAAGAAAAGGAUCGAGAGAGAGAAUAAGGCUUCUGUCUCUGGAACACGAAAUUGCUCCGAACAAGAUUGAGAUGAAGAACAACGAUCAAGAAUUGAAGCACCUAGAGUUUGUGAGGUUGAUCUCGAUUAACGCUCUGGUAUGCGUAUCGUAUCUAUACGAAUUCGCGAAGCAAAACUCCGGUCCCUUGAAAUCAACGGUCGGAACUGUAGAGAAAGCUGCCACCACUGUCAUUGGACCUGUUUACGAGAAAUUGAAGAGCGUACCCGGUGAUCUCCUUGUUUUUCUUGAUCAGAAGGUGGAUGAAGCAACAACCAAGUUCGAUGAGCAUGCACCGCCCUUGGCGAAGAAGGUUGUUUGCCAAGCCCAGUCUAUGGUGCAGAAGGCAUCGCAGGUAGCUCAGACCUUAGUGCAGGAAGCUCAAGUUGGUGGCCCAAAUGCUGCCCUUCGUUAUGCUUGUACACUAUCCAAGCAGUUCGUUUUCAGCCAACUGGCAGUGGUCAUGUAUGAAGUCAACCGUUGGCCGCCAUUACAUGCAGUUGCACAGAUGGCUGUUCCCACUGCAGCUCACUUGGCCGAGAAUUACAACAAAGUUGUUUCAAGUAUGGCUGCGAAGGGCUAUUCUAUCUUUAGCUAUUUCCCAUUAGUUCCUAUUAACAAAAUGUCCAAGGGAUAUAAGCAGCAGGCUGAGGCAGCCGCCACCCCCACAAAGGAGGGCGAUGCAGCCACUUCAAUUGAAAGUGAAUCAGAUGAGGUUCAGGAAGUUGUGACCUAGUGUGUGGGUUUGGCAUAAAAACGUUAGUCUGCCUUAAUUAGCUUUCUCAAUGGUAUGGAUCAAUGUUGUGCGAAGGAUAAUGGGCUGGUAACUUGUGUAUAAAUAGUGACUUUGUCGCGUCUAAUACUCUCUUUCCUGUACAUUUAUGUGCAUGGUUUUACUUUUUUUGUUGCAACUCUCAGAAGCAUAGAUAUCUAGGUUAGAUGUAUUUAAAAAACAGCUUACCAUUCCAGGAACACAAGAAAGUCAGCAGAGACAGAAUCCAGGACUACCAAGUAACUAUAUGGGAGAUGGUCCAGUGAACCUAGAAGGGGCUUAAUUCAACCACGAAGUUAUGUUGUCACAAGAUGGUAUUCCUUAAGCUGUAAGAGCUCGAGUCAAAUUGACCAGUUUCAGCAUCAGUUGAGGCCUCCACUAGGUGACAUUCUCUCAAAGAUCUUCACAUGGGGGUGCGUGCGAUUGUUCUUGAGAGAGUCCAUGCCAUGAUACAUUAUCUAAGUGUAUUAUCUAUAUCACCAGCUACAUAAGCUUCACUUUUGCAAAAUAGAAAUAAAAUAUCCUUUUGGUUUUUUUAAACAAAAUUUUCUACUUUGUAAAUAUACAUAUUUUAAAAAACCAUUGCCUAACGGUAUAUUAGUGCUUUUUCCCCCUUUUCUGGACAACCCAUUAAAUACUGAAAUGAAAGUGUAAAUUCAG